GGGUGAGUGCCCCGUUCCCCACAGCCAUUGCGGGUGUGCGCCUGGGACAGCCCCGCCAGCACUGCGAGCUCCGGGCGGUAGCGGGGCGGGAGGAUAGUUUGAUCUCAUGAGUUCCAAAAUGAAACAGAAGUUGACCGCGGAGAAGUCCUCAGGAUCUUUGCAGAAGUACCUCACAGACAGCACAUGCAGUGCUGCCCGAAGACCGACUCUUAAAAUGAUCCAGCCUUCAGCAGCUGGUAACCUGGUUGGCAGGCAUAAUGAGAAGAAAUCUUCAGUCAGAAGGAACCUCUGGAAUAACAAAUUUGCCUCAAAGGCUUCUAAAGCUGAGGUGUCUGUGGACAAGGAGCAAGAGAAUGAGAAUGAUGUCAUUCAAGCUGAAGAUCUCAUGAUGAAAGGAGAUCCUUCAUCUCGGUAUUGGAAAGAAGUGGCUGAAGAGAGGAGGAAGGCUCUGUAUGAAGUGCUUCAAGAAAAUGAAAAGUUGCACAAGGAAAUCGAGCAGAAGGAUGGUGAAAUUGCCCGACUAAAAGAAGAAAAUGAAGAGCUGAUGUCCCUUGCUGAGCAUGUGCAUUAUAUGACCAGUGUGAUUGAGAGGCUAACUGGGCAAGCACCUGACAAUCUUGAGACACUGGAGAGUCUGGCUCUAGAGGAAUCCAGACAGGAAAAUGAAGAGCACAACUGUGGAGAUGAGGCAGACUGCCCUUCUGAAGAAGAGCCAUCACAAGUAUUGUCUGGUUUAAGGGAGAAUAGAUCAGAUCUUCCUUCAAAGGAAGCAAGCCAUUUGCAACUGGAAUGACAACCUUUAAAUAGGCUUUUGUAUGUGGCUUUUAAUUGCAGACUUCCUCUUGAAAGGAUAUACUAAACCUCAGGUACAGAAACUCUUGUGGGAACAUGACAGAUGUUGGUAUUUUUAACUGGAAUUAUGUGGCAGUGGCAGUGGGAGGAGUAUCUGAAUACUGCAUGGAAAAUUUACUACAGGCUGCAUGUAGUUGCCUGUAGGAAACGCAAAUACUGUGUAUUUCAACUGUUGUGUAAAUAUCUUUCUUAUCAGUUGGUCUGACAUGAUGCAUGAAAAUUGAUAAAUAAAUCUUUACAUUACCAAAA